ACCAGGUAGCAGAGAGACAGGAAAGGCUUUCUAACACUACACUGCAACUCUUCAUUACCCCCUCUCUCCUCCCUCCAGGCUGUCCUCCAUCUAUCCCCUUCCCCUCCUCCUCUGUCCCGGCCCCUGGGCCAGGGAAUGUGCCGGAUUGGAGAUGCCUUACGUGGAUCGGCAGAACCGGAUCUGUGGCUUCCUGGACAUCGAGGAAAACGAGAGCAGUGGGAAGUUCCUGCGCCGCUACUUCAUCCUAGACACCCAGCCGGGCAGCCUGGUGUGGUACAUGGACAACCCUCAGAACCUGCCCAUCAGUGCGGACUGUGUUGGCUCACUCAAACUCACCUACAUCUCCAAGGUCAGCGAUGCCACUAAGCAGAGACCAAAGGCAGAGUUUUGCUUCGUCAUCAACGCUGGCAUGAGGAAAUUCUUCCUCCAGGCCAAUGAUCAGCAGGACCUGGUGGACUGGGUGAACGCUCUCAACAAGGCCACCAAAAUCACUGUGCCAAAGUCCUGUGAUGGCCAACAGAAUGUGGAGACCCAGAAAGCCCUUCUGGACAACCUGGGACCCAAGAAGCAGGUCUCAUACAGGACUGACAUCAUCGGGGGAGUUCCCAUCAUAACCCAGAUGCAGCAGGAAAGGGGAGAGAGCCAGGAGGGUUCAGAGCGAGAGUUGCUGCAGAGAUCCCACAACCAGCUGCCAUACUUCCUGGGCAGGCCAACCCAGGACAAGACGGUCAUCAAGUCUGGCUAUUGUGUCAAGCAGGGAGCUGUGAUGAGGAAUUGGAAAAGGAGAUAUUUCUUACUGGAGGAGAACUCCAUGAGUUACUUCAAAUCAGAUCUGGAGAAGGUCCCUCUGAAAAUGAUUCCAUUGAAGGAGGUCCACAAAGUUCAGGAGUGCAAACAGAGUGACAUCAUGAUGAGGGAUAAUCUCUUUGAGGUCGUCACCACUUCUAGGACCUUUUACAUUCAGGCUGACAGUCCAGAGGAGAUGCACAGCUGGAUCAAGGCUGUCUCUGGGUCCAUCAUAGCACUGCGGGGACCUGGGAGAUCUGCAGCCACACAGGAGCACUGUGGCCGUUCCUUCCCUUCCACAUUCUACCACAGCCACCCGGGGCCCCCCGUCCCUCGCUCGCCCAUAUCUGCAGUGCCACCCUACCCAGGGUGCCCUACUGUCGCGGGCGGCGCACGCCCGGAGCCUGGCGUGGGACAGCGAGCAUUUCAUGAGCCUCCUGCCACGACCCAGCCACGCCCGACUGUCACUGCAGGAGACACUCCUGUCCAAGUGACUGCCGCCACCGCCCUCGAGUCGCCAUGGAGAAGGCGCAGCACCUUUGAGGGCUACCCACCAGAAUCCCCCCUUGACCUGGAAGCUGCCGACCUGCCGGUUAGUGAAGUCUGACCCCUACCCACAAACUACCCCCUAACCUGGCAGAGGGGCUGGGCUACAGAGGAGAGGAGAUGCUGUGUGACAACAGUGAUAAUGGGAGAAAUGAGAGGAACAGGGUUGACAGUUUCAUCUUAAAUCAACCAUAAGUCCCAUUUUGACUGGGGGGAAUGAAAGCUUGUUGUGUGCAAAAGGGAGUGGCAAUUGAAUGGGAGUUUCACAAAAUAUAUAUAUAUCUCAACAUUUCU